AGGGAGACAAAUAUUAAACUUUUGCUCUUAGGCCUCACCCUUCCCAGUAUCAGUAACCACUCGACCUCGUCUGCAGUCCAGGGCGCGAUGCAGGCCACCGCGGCGUUCUUCGCAACGCCAUCCAUUUCUCGUCGGCCGCUACCAUACCACUGUGUUAGGGCGCAGCGCAACUCUGUCGCCGCAGAUCUCUCGACCUUACCUGACGCUUCCAGCUCCACCUCGAGCUCGAGGGCGAUUCCGUCGGUAAAGUGGGCCCAAAAGACCGUCGUCAUUCCUCCCCAGAGGCGUGGUUGUCAUAUCGUCACCUCUAAAAUAGUUAAGGCGAUCGAGCAAGAUCUGUCGGGUUUCGAAUGUGGGCUUGCUCACCUUUUCUUGCAUCAUACAAGUGCCUCCCUUACAAUAAACGAGAACUGUGACUCAGAUGUUAGGCAUGACACUGAAACUUUUUUGAACCAAGUUGUUCCAGAGGGUUGGUCUGCACCGUGGAAGCAUACUCUGGAAGGGCCUGAUGACAUGCCAGCGCACAUUAAAUCAUCAAUGUUUGGUUGUGCCCUCACGAUUCCAAUUACUAAUGGUCGUCUAAAUAUGGGAACUUGGCAGGGCAUUUGGUUGUGCGAGCAUCGCGACCAUGGAACACCUCGACAAAUUGUAAUUACUCUCAAUGGAAUUUAGGUGAAAACAACUUUGGAUCAUGAAGAGGCCAUGAAAAGCCUUUACCCUGUAACUCUACUACACUAUGCUCUAGAAACAGUAAAUUUUUUUCUUCAAUUUGGUCUGUUUAUCUUCAAUGUUUUUGCCAUUGGUAUAAACAUAGAAUCAUGUAAACGAAAAUAUAGUAAAUGCUUGGCUGGAAAAGCUAUCUUUGUUUU